CUCUCUCUCUCUUUUUUUUUUCUUUUCCUGCUUCCAAACGCCUUCUUGGAGGCUGAAGCUGGGCAGGUCUCCAAAGGUGCAGCAGCCACAACAAUCCCGCAGUUCAAAGUUAAGCAGCAGUUGCACAACUUCCAGCAACUCUCUCAGCCGGCUGCUAAUGAGCUGAAACCCCUGAACAUCUGAGGAGGUGAAGAGGAAGCUCCAGUCCUUCUUCCUUCGCCCCAGAAAUCCAGAAAAACCCGGCUCCCACACCACUGGUCACUUGGAGAUUUUGUACCUGUUGCUGGCUCGCCUGGUAGACCAUGGCUCCCUUUGGAAAAAACUUGCUAAAGACUCGGCAUAAAAACAGCCCUAGCACUAGUUCCCUCAACAAACCAGAGAUGCUGCAUGUCUCCCACUAAAGACAUGGAUUCCGAAGAGAGGGAAAUUGUGGUUUGGGUUUGCCAAGAAGAGAAGAUUGUCUGCGGCUUAACUAAACGCACCACCUCCGCUGAUGUCAUCCAGGCCCUGCUUGAGGAACACCAGACAACGUUUGGAGAAAAACGAUUUCUUCUGGGGAGCCCCAGCGAUUACUGCAUCCUGGAGAAGUGGAGGGGCUCAGAACGGGUGCUUCCUCCACUGACUCGAAUCCUGAAGCUUUGGAAGGCUUGGGGAGAUGAGCAGCCCAACAUGCAGUUUGUCUUGGUGAAAGCAGACGCCUUUCUUCCAGUUCCCUUGUGGCGGACAGCAGAGGCCAAGUUAGUGCAAAACACAGAAAAACUGUGGGAGCUCAGCCCAGCCCAUUACAUGAAGACAUUGCCACCAGAUAAACAAAAAAGAAUCGUCAGAAAAACGUUCCGGAAACUGGCUAAAAUUAAACAGGAUACAGUGUCCCACGAUCGAGAUAACAUGGAGACACUCGUUCAUCUGAUUAUUUCCCAGGACCAUACCAUUCAUCAGCAAGUCCGAAGAAUGAAAGAGCUGGAUCUGGAAAUUGAGAAGUGUGAGGCUAGGUUUCACCUUGAUCGGGUAGAAAACGAUGGCGAAAACUAUGUUCAGAAUGCAUAUUUAAUGCCCAGUUUCAGUGAAGUGGAGCAGAAGCUAGACUUGCAGUGUGAGGAAAACCAGUUUCUGGAGGACCUGAGUGAAAGUGAUGGAAUGGUACAGCUGGAAGAGCGGCUGAAAUAUUACAGGAUGCUCAUUGAUAAGCUCUCCAUCGAGAUAGAAAAGGAGGUGAGAAGUGUUUGCAUGGACACGGGUGAAGAUGCAGAAGGGGCAACUGCGAGUGAGCCGGAAAGCUCCAGUUUGGAAAGCGUGAAGUGUGAUUUGGAGAAAAGCAUGAGAGCUGGUUUGAAAAUCCACUCUCAUCUGAGUGGCAUCCAGAAAGAGAUUAAAUAUAGUGACUCGUUGCUUCAAAUGAAAGCAAAAGAAUAUGAACUUCUGGCCAAGGAGCUCGAUUCGAUUCACAUUAGCAACAAGGAUGGAUGUCAGUUAAAGGAAAACAGAGGGAAGGAAUCAGAAGUUCCCAACAGCGACGGGGCGGUUCCUCCCUUCACUCAGAGAGUAUUUAACACUUACACCAAUGACACAGACUCAGACACUGGUAUCAGCUCUAACCACAGUCAGGACUCUGAAAACACUGCAGGAGACCUGGUGUUGUUGUCAACAUAAUUUAAAUGGGCUUUUCCGAUCUGCUCUAAUGUUGUUCGUGUUUGCAUAAUUUAAUAGGAAACUUUAUUUGAAAUACUACUUUCUGAAAAAUUGUGAAUCAUAUUAAAGUAUUCAGUAGUAAAAAUUAGUGAACUCUAGAUUUUUUUUUUUUUUGUUAUUACAAGAUUUCCAGUAUGACCUUAAGUAUUACAAUUUCAAGAAUGAGCUACCAGGAAAGUAGCAGAAUGAGCCUGUAGGUAUAGAACACAGAAAUUAAUUAAAUGAGAAUCAUAGAUAAUUUAUCACAGCUUCAAUGAGAAAUGACUUAUAUAAGCUGACAGUUCUUAAUAGUGGAUAGUCAAAAUACUGAAACUUCAAACAUGACAGAAGAAAAAUUAAAACAUACUGAAACAUCUUUUUUCAGCACUGCCAUUGGAAUUUGUAAUCUGUAAAAGAAAAUGGCAGCUACUAUGUUGUAACUAUAUUAAUCCAAAUUCUUUGUUCUUUUAAUAUUUAGUCUGUGUAACUUACUAAGUCUGUCACUUCCUGAACCCUUUACGUUUUAAGUUUAGGUGACAAGCUGCUCUGGAGACAUGAAUAACGACUGGCAGUAUAUUAGACAAGGGUAGAGGGAACAGAUGAGGCAAGGCCAAGUGCUGCACACACACAGUGAAUUUUCUAAAGAAGAAUAAAAUUAUUAAGAGAUAUGCAUGAACUUUUAUUAUCUAGCAAUGCAGAUCCUUUGAUCAGACCAGUUUUGCUGCAGGCUCAUUUCUGAAUGAAGUAUGAUGUGGGUUACAGAGGAAAUCAGUCAUAGUUUUGUUUGUUUAUACCCUAUCUACACACAUUACAGAAAUGAAAUUUUACCCCUUAGUGUGGGCAAAAUAGAGUUCUAUAUGCAUAAUUGUUAGCAUUUUGUUUCUGAAUGUACAAAAACCCAUAUGGAGAAAACACUUAUUUUACACUACAAUUCUUUUUGUUUUCUUAGCACUUCAUCUAAAAAGCUUUUAAAGGAUCUAGCAAUAUCUCCAGAGUGCUACCAAAAACCCAAGAAACUUACUGGAUUAUUUAGUUUCCAUCUUGAACACUGUCAUAUGCCAAACUACACUUGGUUUUGAUUACGAAUGAUUAUGAAUUUGCUUUCUCGCUCCCUUUUUUCUUUCUUCUCUGCCUGCCUGGCUGUCUUUCUCUUUUCCCGCCUCCGUUCCUCUCUUUUCCCCUCCCUUGUUUCUUCCUUUCCGUCCUGCCUGUCAGUGAACACAUGGUAAAAUCAUACUGAAAAUAGUUUUUAUCAUUUUAUUAUGUGAACUGAAUACUGAUGCAGUUAGUUUUUUCUUUAGCUGACAUCUUCUUUCCUGAGCCAGUGCAUAUGUAACUAAAAUAUUUGACUUAGUUUUAAUAUGUGGAUAAAACUGAAAUUCAUGUUUCUUUUCAUUUAUUUUUACAUGUAGUGUAUUGUAGGUUUUGAUUCAAUUUUACUUUUUCAUUUUUAAAAUUUCAUGAGUUUUCAACUUUUCAACUUCGUUAACUCAGUUUUCUUUGACUUUCUUAAAUUUUCUUCAUAUAUCCUUGUAUUUUCCCUCUCCUAAUUUUUCACUCAUAUUUGGGAAGGUAUGUAGACUGUGUAGCAUCUGUGUUGUCAUUUUUUGCACUGAGAUAUUUGUAGGCCAUAUUUGAAGUUGGCUGGUAAGGAAAUGUAGAAAUUUCCGUUCAAUAAAAUAUACAGUGAUAAACAAUAAGUACAAUGCAACAUGGCAUGUAUAUACACACACAAAUGGACUUGAAUAAUAAUCAUUUGUGAAAUGAAAGUUUACCUGCCUAAUAGGCCAUUUUAAGUUAUUAAACAAUGUGGUAAGCUGUUGACAAGUUCACUGUUCACUAGGAGGGAUUAAAUGCAAAAGUUUGUCAUAAGUGAUAAAACAAUUGUAAAUGUUGCUUUCCUAAAGUGAAAAUAAUCUCUUUGGAUUACUCUAAAUGAGAAAAAUCAUGAACAAAGAUACAUUGCUUAUCUUCUUAUGUAACUUUACUGAGUUCAAAAGAUGUUGUAAAGAAAGAACGUGAGAGAGAAUUUGAUUGUAUAAAUCAGUUAACUUCUGCUUUUAUAUUGGUAAAGACAAUGAUACAAUCCAAAAAGCCAAUUCUAAAUUUUAUAGGAAAUAAUGUUUAAAACCCUUGGUAGAGAGGAAAACUAUUAGUUUUUAAAUUCAUUUUAGGAUUUCUAUUUGAUCUUUAAUUAUACACAGGUGUUUGUGCUGCUAAUCUAUAUAGUACAUAAUCAUUCAUCAAUUUCCAU